UUGUAGGGAUAAAAUGCUUGCAAGUGAAAUGGCGAAAGGAUGUCAACACUGAUAUGGAUAGUCAGAGUUGCCAUACUUUGAUAUUGCUUUUGCGCAUGCGUAUGGCGGUUGUAACUCGAAGCUAGCAUAAAUUUUAAACAUGUCGGAAAAAGGAGAGGUUGACCUAACUGGUGCCAAGCAAAACACGGGAGUGUGGCUUGUUAAGGUGCCAAAAUACCUUUCUCAACAAUGGGAAAAAGCGUCAGGCAGAGGCGAGGUUGGGAAACUCAGAAUCUGCAAAGAAGGAAACCAAGGAAAAGCAGAGGUAUCUUUUACUUUGAACGAAGAGCUCACUGUAAUUGAAGGUAUAGAGGAUAAAACUGUGUCUGCACCCCGUGAGCAUCCGUUCACCAUGCAGUCAGUGGGAGGUCAGAUGUUGGCAGUCUUCACAGAGAAUUCAUCUGGCCAAUCAGAAGAAAGAUCUGAUGGCAGCAGCUCAGGUUCGGGGGCAGGUCCAGAUAAAAUAGCCCUGGAAGGCAUGGUAGUACAGAGAGCAGAGUGCAGACCUGCUGUCAGUGAAAGCUAUAUGAAACUAAAAAGGUUACAAAUUGAAGAGUCGUCCAAGCCAGCCAGGCUGUCACAGCAGCUGUCAAAACCGGUCACCAGCAACUACAAACCUGUGGCCAACCAUGAUUACAAUAGGGAGUAUGAAAGGAAGAAGAAGGAGGAGGGCAAGAGAGCAAGAGCUGACAAACAGCAGGUGUUGGACAUGUUGUUUUCUGCUUUUGAGAAGCACCAGUACUACAACAUCAAAGACCUGGUGGAUAUCACCAAACAGCCUGUGAUUUACUUGAAAGAAAUAUUACGUGAUAUUGGCAUCUACAAUGUAAAGGGGACACACAAGAACACCUGGGAGCUCAAGCCAGAGUACAGACAUUACCAAGGCGAAGAAAAGACUGAUGAAUAGUUUCUGUCCCCAUAAAAAUAACACACACCAUGUUUCCAUGUGAUGGGGUCCCUCAUAGAUCAGCCCUAACUUCUCUCUUCUGGUAUAAUUGCAUCAGGAUUUCUAAAUGCUCUGGAUGAUAUGAAACAAACCAAGCUUUCACAAAAGUUUACAUUUCCUGGUGUGCUUUGUCACACUUCCGGCACAUCCUAGAGGCUGUGGCUCAGAGGUUUUGAAUAAAUCCAUCAGAUGCUUAAAGAAAUAGUAUUUGCAUUUAAGUGCGCAGAUGAUAUACCACAAUGGCUAGUAGUAGGAUUUCUUACUGUUUGUGUAUAUGCUUAGGAGGAAAGCACUAUUUUCUGCAAUUAUUCUAGCCCCUCCCAUUCCUGGACUGUCCCCCAUUGACCUGCUAAGACCUGAGGAGGCCUCCAGAGAUGGGCAUAGAGGUAUUAUACAUAUGUGCCAUCAGGUUUUAAAGAUUAAGUCCAUCUUGAACAUGUUUUAGACUAUUUUACAUUUUUUUUUGCUUGAUUUAUGUAAUAAAGUUGUUUCAGUGGAAUUA